AAACGCAGGCAGGUGGGACUAGUGUAGCUGGGACAUGUUGGCCGGUGUAGGCAAGUUGGGCUGAGGGGCUAGUUUCCACACUGUGUCACUCCAAUACUAAUUGUACAGGGAUUGCCCAGGGAUGGUACUGGAACUGUACUGCGUGUACUGUUUGUACUGGGACUGUACUGCGUGUACUGUUUGUACUGGGACUGUAUUGCGAGUGUACUGGGACUAUACUGGACUGUACUGGGCUGUACUGGGCUGUACUGCGAGUGUACUGUUUGUACUGGGACUGCACCGUGAUUGAACUAGAUUGUACUGGGGUCUCAUAGAAACAUAGAAACAUAGAAAUUAGGUGCAGGAGUAGGCCAUUCGGCCCUUCGACCCUGCACCGCCAUUCAAUAUGAUCAUGGCUGAUCAUCCAACUCAGUAUCCCGUACCUGCCUUCUCUCCAUACCCCCUGAUCCCCUUUAGCCACAAGGGCCACAUCUAACUCCCUCUUAAAUAUAGGCAAUGAACUGGCCUCAACUACCCUCUGUGGCAGAGAGUUCCACAGUCUCCACCUCAUGUAACGGGCUGUAAGUAAGUGGGUUCCAACGCAAUGUGGCCACUCGGCCCCAGGGCAGGGUGCAGGGUGCAGUACGCGGCCAGUGGGUGUGUGUAUGUCGCUGGCAGCUCAACUAUGUACACGACUCCAGCGUUGCUGAACAACGCCAUGGUAACCGCGGCGCCACUCCGCCCCAUAGCGCCCGGGACGGGAAUCUUACUCCAGCGGGGCAGGGGGCAAGCACCGUGACAGGAAUGGCCUCCACCGCUGUCCCUGCCGUCCCUGCGGCCAAGAAUGUGGUGGUCUUUAAGAAUGGAGACCCGUUCUUCACCGGGAGGAAACUUGUGGUCAACCAGAGACAGAUUCUAACCUUUGAGACUUUCUUGAACGAAGUGACGAGUAACAUCCAGGCGGCUGUGGCAGUGAGGAAUAUUUACACCCCGAGCGGUGGGCAUCGAGUCCUUGACUUGCCCCAACUGCACAACGGCUCCCACUAUGUGGCCGCGGGCUUCGAGCGGUUUAAAAAAAUCGAUUAUUUGCAAAAAAGGAAUCAAAAACCAAAUGGAAACAGAAGAAAGAAUGGGGCGAUGACACGGGUCGAUUACUCCUGCAGGAGGAAUGUGUCUGGUCGUUGGAGGAAGUGUAUACACAUGCCGUGCAUCGUGAAUCCGUUUCAGCUGCCCUCUCUCCCCAGGCUCUACACGACAGAGGGUCAGGUGAUGGUGACGGGGACCCAGCUCCAGAACGGAUAUUACUACGUAGCAGUGGGGUCAGAGAGGUUCAAAAAUCUGCCUUACCUCGAACUCCUGGUUUCCAAAAUGUCGUCCCUAAAUGCUCUCAGGCACCAACAAAUGAUGAGGCACAGGAACCGUGGCAAAGAGGGUGCCAUUUCCCAAGAUGGAGUGAGUGACUCAGCGCUCGUGGCUUCACCUGCCCAGCAGGAUUUGGACAAGCGUAGAGUGCAGUCGAUGGGGGCGGCAGAGGCUGGUGUCCUGGUGUCGCCACAGCCGGUGAGGAGGAGAGGGAAGAGCGUUCUGCCACCGGUCAACUCCAUCUUCUUUGCCAAGCCGGUGAAAGUGAAGUUGAAACGACACACGGCGCAGGAAUCACCGGCCAGCGGCAACAAAGGCAAGGCCAGCUCUUCACAGCGCCAGGGACCCAGGAUUAAGGUGUUAACACACUUUGUACAUCCAGUUGAGCCGGUGCGGGCCAGUGUGGGUCAGUGUGGGCCGGUGUGGGCCAGUGUGGAGGAAUCUCCAAUGUUGCUACAUUCACUGCUGCCUUUCCUUUGGCCAGAGGUGACGAGUGUUUUCAAAGUGAGUGAGGAACGAGCGGAGCUACACGGAGCGCUGGAGAUCGCAGACGAUGAAAACACGAAGGUGGAGCUGCCGGUCGACAAGAGAGCGGCUGAAGUUAUUGAAGAUGAAAUCAUCGUUGAAGAUGGGACACACCACAUUGAGGGUGUUACAGCCAAGCCUCAAUGAAGUGUUGGUGACGGGGAGAUUGGGAACAAGGUGAAUGUCCUGUGAUGUGGGGCUCAGAAAGGCAAUGUGGAUCUGUACUCUGUGAUGGACAUGCUGAGACAGGGAGUGUUCACCGCUGAGCCAUCUAUUGCCAGCACUGCUGUAGAAUGUCGCUGGUGCGGGAUACAGCGCAGACACUGGCGCCCGUGGACUGUAACGUGUCCGACUUUUACACGUACAACUCAGAUCAACAUUUUACGAAAAAUAAAUGAAGAAAUUGAAAAUCAAGUUGAAAUAAAUGUAAAAAUCUCAUGGUUAUUUUAUUUGUCAAAACAUUAUAGAAUUACUGGGCGGCACGGUGGCGCGGCGGUAGAGUUGCUGCCUCACGGCGCCAGAGACACGGGUUCGAUCCUGACUACGGGCGCUGUCUGUAUGGAGUUUGCACGUUCUCCCCGUGACCUGUGUGGGCUUUCUACGGGUGCUCCGGUUUCCUCCCACACUCCAAAGACGUGCGGGUUUGCAGGUUUGGUAAAAAUUGGUCCAUAUAUAUCCACCACCCUGCCUUCAACAAUCUCCUUAGUUACCCCAUCGAUAAACUCCAUCGAGUUAUUGAGGCAGGAUGGCCCCACACAAAGCCACACUAACUAUUGAUGAUAUUUGUAACUCCUAUCCCCUGGAAUUGAUCACCCAGAGAGUUGUGAAUCUGUGGAAUUCUCUGCCACAGAAAGCAGUGGAGGCCAAUUCACUGGAUGUUUUCAAGAGGGAGUUAGAUUUAGCUCUUAGUGCUAACGGAAUCAAGGGAUAUGGGGAGAAAGCAGGAGCGGGGUACUGAUUGUGGAUGAUCAGCCAUGGUCAUAUUGAAUGCCGGUGCUGGCUCGAAGGGCUGAAUGGCCUACUCCUGCACCUAUUGUCUAUAUUUCUAAAGCUUCUAUCUACCUGCCUUAUUCUAAAUUAUGAAGCUACGUUAACUAUCUCCUGUCUCCUGGUGUCUGGUGCCCAUGUUACCUCCUCCUGUGGCCCCCACAACUCGUGGGGUCAAUCACAUCUGUCCUGGGCCUUUGGCCAUGGGGAGGGGGGGAAUCAUCUCACAAACUGCCCCCUCAUCAGGUGGCCUCAAUCUACAUCUAGUCUAGUUUAGUUUGGUUUGGUUUAGAUGGACAGCAUGGAAACAGGCCCUUUGGCCCGCCAUUGAUCACCCAUUCACACCAGUUCUAUACUAUCCCACUCACAUACACUGGGACAUCUCACAUUGUGUUCAGUCUGGUUGGUCAUCGUGUUAUAUUGAUGAUGCUAAGCUGGAGAUGGUGCAGAGACGAUUUACAAGGAUGUUGCCAGGACACGAGGGUCUGAGCUGCAGGGGGAGGUUGGGCAGGCUGGGACUCUAUUCCCUGGAGAGCAGGAAGAUGAAUGGUGAUCUUAUAGAGGUGUACACAAUCAUGAGAGGAAUAGAGAGGGUGAAUGCACAGAUUAUUUUACCCAGAGUAAGAACCAGAAGACAAAGGUUCAUGAUGAAAGGGGAAAGAUUUUACAGGAAUUUGAGGGGCAAUUGUUUCCACACAGAAGGGGGUGGGUGAAUGGAACGAGCUGCCAGAGGAGGUAGAUGAGGCAGGGACCUUCACAACAUGGAUGGGACAGGUUCAGAGUGAUAAGGGCCAAAUGUAGACUAGCUUAGAUGGGGCCUUUGGUCGGCAUGGAGGUUGGGCUGAAUGGCCUGUGUCUGCGCUGAAUGACCCUACACACAAGGAUAUAACUCUCCACUGAAAAUAGACACAAAAUGCUAGAGUAAC